AUGAGUUUGCCCCUCAAUCCCAAACCUUUCCUUAGUGGAUUAACAGGAAAGCCAGUAAUGAUGAAACUGAAGUGGGGAAUGGAGUACAAAGGCGACCUGGUAUCUAUAAAUAGCUACAUGAACAUGCAGCUUGCGAACACAGAAGAAUACAUAGAUGGAGCAUUGUCUGGACAUCUGGAUGAAGUUUUAAUAAGGUGUAAUAAUGUCCUUUAUAUCAGGGGCAUUGAACAAGAAGAAGAAAACAGGGAAAUGAGAGAAUAG